UGAAAGUCAUUAUCCAAUUUACAAGUCAAACAUUAUUCAAUAACGCUAAAUCGAGGGCCUCAUGUUGCUGGUUGCUGCGUAGGCGACAUUAGAAACAUUUUUAGACUAUCCAUUCGUCGUUUACGCGCAGCACGUUAGCAGACGCGAUACGAAAUUCACCGUAAUAAAAAUUAAUUCACGCGCUCCGAAAAAUUCCAAAGGCGAUGUGUUAAUAUAAAUCACAUUCAAAAUGACUUCUGAAGACGAAAAUAAAUUGGACAAUAUGAAUUUAAUGGUGUUGGAGCGAGACAAUAAAGAUGCUGAAAGUCAGAAAACAACGGAAGAUCCGAUAACAAAAGCGAUCGGUGCAAUUGGCAAAUGGCAAAUAUGGAUAUGUUUCGUGAUAUUUCUUGUAAAGUUUCCAGUAGCUUGGCAUCAAAUGAGUAUUAUAUUUCUUGCACCGCCCAUGAAUUACACAUGCGCGAGUUCCGAUAAUGAUUUUGGAAGCAUUUGCCUUGCUGAAUACAAGAAUUGUACCGACUUCCAAUAUGAUCGCAGUGUUUUUCACGAGACGAUAAUUUCCCAAUGGAAUCUAGUUUGCAACAGAGAAUGGUUGAAGAGCUUAACACAGACAAUCUUCAUGCUGGGCAUCCUUGUCGGCAAUAUGGUUUUUGGUCACCUAUCUGACAGGUUUGGCAGACGGAUGCCAUUCGUUGCGGCGGUCUGCCUACAGUUAGUCACAGGCGUUAUAACAGCCUUCUCUGUGGAUUGGUACAUGUUCACAAUCCUUCGUUUCUUGCUCGCGGUCGCCACCGGAGGAACGAUGGUCAGCAGUUUCGUUCUCAUUAUGGAAAUUAUCGGUGCAAAGUACAGAGAAACCGUCGGAAUAUUAUAUCAGAUACCCUUCAAUCUGGGACAUCUAACCUUGCCACUUUUUGGCUAUUUCUUACGAGACUGGAACACUUUUCAACUAGCUAUAUCUCUGCCCUCAGUCUUAUUUUUAAGCUACUACUUUUUGUUACCUGAGUCACCAAGAUGGUUGAUAACAGCUGGUAAACCCAAAGAAGCUGCAGUCAUAAUGGAAACUGCUGCUAAAAGAAACGGCUUACCCACAGAUGAAAUCGCAACAACAACACAGAAAUUAGCCGCAGGACUGAGCAACACGGAUGAAGAGCACGCCUCAUUCUUAGCUCUGUUUCGCACUCCGAAGUUGCGCGCGCGCACUAUUGCUAUUUGCUUUAACUGGUUCGUCUGUGGACUUUGCUUCUUUGGAGUGUCCCAGUACAUCGGACAUGUUUCUGGAGAUAUAUUCUCUAAUGUUGCAGUUUCGGCCGCCAUUCAGGUUCCUGGCACACUGAUUUCGAUUUACGCCAAUCGAGUUCUCGGUCGUAAAGUGACUUUAAUCAGUGCCAAUUGUGUCACCGGCCUGAGCUGCUUGCUCAUCAUGGUGGUCCCGGAUACUGGUGCCAGUCACUUGAGCCUCGGAUGCAUCGGCCUUUGGGGCAUGAGCAUUUCCUUCGCCACAGUCUACUUGUACGCUGGAGAACUCUUCCCCACAGUUGUGCGAAAUUCUGGCGUAGGUUUAGCAUCGACUGUAGCGAGAAUCGGUUCUAUGUUAGCGCCAUUCGUUGCUACUUUAAGACUAACCUAUUUUUGGCUUCCACCUUUAGCAUUUGGCGUUGUACCUUUAAUCGGUGCAGGACUUUGCUUAGUAUUACCUGAUACUCGAGGAAAGAAACUUCCCGAUACUUUAGAUGAAGGUGAAGCAUAAAGAUCUCUAUUUACUAAUGAAGGAGGCUAAUUUAUUUUAGUGUGAUAUAACUUUUAAUGAUUAUAUACAAACUUUGACAAAUAUGUAAGCUAAAUAUUU